AAGUUUCUUAAUUGCUCUCGCCUUCAUAAUCUCCCGCGUCUUUCUCGCACGCUUCGACUCAGUAAUGGACUCGGAACGGAAAACGGAACCUGGGUCUCGGCCUUGCGGAGAGCUUGGCGAUUACGAAAAGGAAAAGCUAGUCAACAUGAGCAUACCGGACCUCAUUUUCGAGCUGCGAAUCGCAACUCGAACAAAACAAUUUGACCAAGUGGAGCAGGUUCUGGUCACGAGAGAAGCCCAACUCAAAGACGAGGCUCAUAAACUGAGACAAACUUUAGACUUUGAGCGGUUGGAUAGGAUGGGGAUUGAGGUCAAGUUGAAGGAGUGCCAGGAACAAUGUGAAAAGAGGAAGAAGGGUGAAGAUCUGUAUGAGAAAUUGCUAGCUAACGUGAAGAAGAAUGGGCUCGAAGAUACGACCGUUGAAGAGCUCAGGGCUAAGAACAGCGAACUGGAGGGUGAGCUGAAGAUAUGGAAGGAGAAAUUUUUGGAGCUCAAUGAGCGGCUUCUGAAGGUGGAACACGAAACGCGAUUGUUGGUGAAGGAACGAAACAAUGAGGGAAAUUAUGGAGGUGAUCUUGGGGUUACUUUGGAUGUUAAAGAGGAAAAGGAAACCGAUGGAAUCCAUGUUCAUGGUGGCGAUUUUGGGAAUAACAAUGCAGAUUCUAAUGUUUCACAAGGAAAUGGUGAUAUCUGUGCUGGCAUUAGGCAGUCCUCAAGCAAUCCAAACAAGGAUAUAUCAGCUAGUGGAAGAUUAGGACCACCAACCAUCAUUGAGAUUGAAGACACUGACGAUGAUGAUGAUAAAAAAGACGAAACUUCUCAGUUUAUCACAGAUAAUGGGCAUCAAAAUUCAUCAGCAGCGACUGCCCAGCAGAGAAGAAAUCCAAGAAAGGAGAAUGUGGAGGAUGUUAUUGGAGUGUUAAAAAGAAAAUAUGGUUCACAAAUUCUUCAGAAAUGCGGUGCUGAUACAAUUGACAAAAGAAGCAGAGCUUAGGCAAAACUUUAUCAGUGCCUCUUUCAGGGCUGUCAAAGGCAUCUCACAGUCACACUUAACUAACAUUUUGACUGACAUUUCAUGUCUUAAUCAGCGAGUAUGUUUAGAUGUAAAUAUUGAAAACGAGGGAGGGAGGGGGAGUUAAAUGUGGUCCUUUUUAAUGCUAAUUGUUUUCUCUUUUGGUGUCAAAUGUAUUUAACGCUAAUGGGACAGCUCAAUAUCUC